AUGGCGGACACCCGAGAAAACCGCCCCACGAGCCGCGAACUAUACGAGUCCUGUCUCUCCGGUGCCCAAGAUCGGCCAUUCAUCCCGCGAUUAAGGUCCGACCCUCCUUCCUUCCAUCCACUUCCGCAUAAUCUUCUCGAGUUUCGAAAACUAGAAGGGAAGGAGGAGCGGGAGAGGCGGUUGCAGGAACUAUGGAAGCGUUUGCCCAAUUCGAGCUAUCAUGGAUCGGAAGUAGCUGCGUCGAGAAUGUUUGAUGUCGGGGUGCCAUUGACGGCACGGAGGGCGGAGGAGAUGAGGAAGGUGUAUGAGGAUGAGCUGCUGGGCAAGUGUGGAGCUCAUACGACGAAUGAACGGCCUAGCCAUAUCAGGUGGCCUGAGUUUAGGCGGUAUGCUGAGACUAAGGAAGCUGAACUGUGGUCGAUAUUCCAUGAUGAACUGGAUCUUGAUGGGAACGGCCACCUCGAUGAGCAGGAAUUGGCAUUAGCAUUGAGCAAAGCUGGCAUAACACUUUCGCCGUCUACGCUGACUGACUUCAUGACGUGUCUCACCUGGUCACCACAUUCACAUACCGUCAGCUUUCGAGAGUUCAGGGACUUUCUAUUAUUGUUGCCUCGAAAGGCAUCGACGGCUGAGAUAUACCAAUACUACGAAGUUGAAAGGUUUAUGGGAGAUGAUGGAAGGGGAGCGGCACGAGUGACAAUGGAAGGUGACGUCAGUCUCAGUGCGGAAGACAAGCCCCCACCUAUACCAUCACUAUGGGAAAGUGCCGAUGUGAUCGGAGACGACGAUUUUGAGGAAGAGGAGAUAGAGGAACACCAUGACUGGCUGCAAGCUCAUACCGCCUUCAAGUUUCUCAUGGCUGGUGGAAUGGCAGGAGCUGUGUCCCGGACAUGUACCGCACCAUUCGAUCGGGUGAAAAUUUUUCUAAUCACUCGCCCUCCCGAGAUGGGUGGAACUGCGAUCCAGCCUAAGCCUGGAAUGGGUGGUCUAAAAGCGAUCGGGGGCGCAGUUGCACGCAUCUAUUCCGAGGGCGGUGUACUCGCAUUCUGGACGGGAAACGGCCUUUCCGUGCUGAAGAUAUUCCCUGAAUCGGCUAUCAAGUUCUUUACGUAUGAAUCAGCUAAACGAGCUUUCGCACAAUAUUGGGAUCGUGUGGAGGACACGAGGGAUAUUAGCGGAACGAGUCGCUUUCUCUCCGGAGGCCUGGGCGGCAUUUCAAGCCAGCUUAGUAUAUACCCAAUCGAGACUCUCAAGACACAAAUGAUGAGUUCGACAGGCAACCAGAAACGAAGUCUCGUGGACGCUGCCCGGAGAGUAUGGCAACUUGGUCGCUUUCGAGCCUUCUACCGUGGUUUGACGAUCGGUCUGAUUGGAGUUUUCCCAUAUUCGGCGAUUGAUAUGAGCACCUUUGAGGCAUUAAAGUUGACUUACCUUCGAUCGACGGGGAGAGAUGAGCCAGGUGUGCUUGCCCUUCUUGCCUUUGGGAGCGUAUCUGGGAGCGUAGGCGCCACGAGCGUGUAUCCAUUGAAUCUGGUACGGACACGGUUACAGGCAUCGGGUUCAUCAGGACAUCCGCAGCGCUAUAAGGGUCCUUGGGAUGUAGUGACAAGGACAUAUCAGCGGGAUGGGUGGAGAGGAUUUUAUCGUGGACUAUUCCCAACAUUAGCGAAGGUCAUUCCUUCAGUCUCUAUAUCAUACGUUGUCUAUGAACAUAGCAAGCGAAGGCUCGGUGUAUAGACGUCUCUUUACAUUCCUAGAUCGAAUUAUCGUGAUCUAUUGCAUACUUCAUCAUUUUGUAUAGCCUUCAAUGCAUGGACUCUCCUUCACAAAUUCAGUGUAUUGUGGCCCGUCGUGCAGCUCAUCACUGAUCUCGCGCCCACCGCUGAACUAUUGCGCUUUGGUUCGCCCUAGGUUUGGAAAGAGCCUAAGAGCGUUAUCGCGCAUGAUAUUGGCAAGGUCCAGUGGUCUUCCGGCGAAAUAAUUUUCCAAGUUCUCCGUGUACCACCCGGCUGUCUUGGUACUCACAGC